CAGCAGCGAUUUUAUCGGUGGCGGCGCUUUGCAGCGAUAUAGCGAUAUGAGUGCAAUGUCGACGGUUAUAGUGUCAGGGGAAAUGUUUGAUUUGUUCUCACCGGUGCUCUAUUUGAGUCGCAUUUUCUGUCUUCAACCCCUGAAGUGGAUUAAGACUGACUAUAGCUACGUCAUCUCAAAAUCAGGACCCUAUAUGGCUUACAGCAUCUUAACAAGCCUGUUUCUUAUCACAGCAAGCAUUUAUGGCCUGACCCAGGUCUACUCAAUGGAAGCCGUCUACUUGAUCCGCUUAAGCAGCAACACCGACCGUUUCGUCACUUUUUCCGACGUGGUUGUUGUCCUAAUCCCUUGCAUAAUCGGCGUGCCUAUCGCCUCGCACAACAUUGAGAAAACAAUCAAAUAUUUCAGUUUUUUGCGCCAAUUUGACUGCUGUCUCCAAAAACAACCGCCGAAAACAUGGAAAUCGUUCUUUGUCCCAAUCAUUACAAUCGUCUUCACUGCUACGAUCCUACUUUUUGAUGCAGUGAUGUGGCUUACAUUAAUUGCGCGAAAUCAGAGCAUUUUUAUUCUCUCACUGCCGUAUUACGUCUGUUACUGCUUCACGAUGAUUAUCGAGAUAAUGUUCUGGCAGUUUGUGAAUUCGAUCAAAAUCAGGCUGAUUCUAUUGAACGAACGAUUAGAACAGAUUGGUGGAGAGGAUUUUACGAUUGUUCGAAUUGACCGGAAAAAAAUCAACAGUAUCGUGGACACGCUAAAAGUGGAGAAGAAGAAACAGGCAAAGUGUGGAGUAACAAACGAGCAAGUGCGCGAUUUAAUCAUCGCUUAUCAGAAACUAACUGACGCCGCAAAUCUGGUCAAUGAUUCCUUUGGGUUGCUGAUACUGAUUGUUAUCUCAGGUUGUUUGGUACAUUUAUUAGCCACCCCGUAUGCCCUUUACGCCAUUAUAUUUACCACAGGUAACACAAUGUUUAUCAUAACACAGUCAAUCUGGAUGACGGGUCAUGUCUUACGGUUAUUGUUGAUUGUGGAGCCUUGUCACGGCUGUAUACUUGUUGCGAAAACAACCACACAGUUGGUUUGCAAGUUGUUGUGUUUGGAUUUGGAUAAGGAAGUGAAGAAGUCUUUGGAGUUUUUUAUGACCUAUUUGGCCGAAUGUCAAAUCAGAUUUACAGCCUAUGGAUUUACGAAACUGCACAGGGGGUUGUUGACUACGAUCACUGGGGCUGUGACCACCUAUUUAGUGAUUUUGUUUCAGUUUAAUUAAUAUAAUAAUAAAAAUUAACCUGUGUUUCUGUU